CGAAGGGCGAGGGAGGAGGAGGAGGAGGAGGGUGGGUGGGAGACCCCUCCUGGCCAUUUCCUCGCCUCCCUCGUUCGCUCGCCUGCCUGCCUGCGAGCGGGGCUCGGGCGAGGAGCGGAGGCUUGUGGGUAACGAGGAGGCCAUAGCCGGAGCAGCGAUAGGAAUAAGUUCCCUGAGGCGGGAGCGGGGAAAGGAGGGAAAUGGUGGCGCGGUGGCUCCAGUGAAGGGGCAGGAACUUGGAAAGGGAGUGUGUGGGGGACCCCUUGAGUGACAGAAGCGGAGAGAAAGAGAGGAGCCCGAUCUCAGCGAGGCGGGCCUAGCCCUCCCUCCCUCCAACGGAGGAGGAGGGGGGAGGAAGCCGGGCUCCUCUGCUGCUGGCUUCCCUCUUUCCCUCCUACCCUCCCGCCUCUCGCCUUCUCCCCGUCGGGUAUUGACCUGGUGCAAAAUGGCCGAGGCGGCGUGGGGGGCCCGGCCGUGACUGGUUUUCCCGCCUAGUCGGGGGGCGAGGGAGGCGGCGGCAGUUUCCCGCGGGAACCGGCCCUCCCCUCCGCCGCCCACCUUCCCCCCUCCGCGGGCCGUUCAUGCCUGGGAAGCGGAGGUGGCGGCGGGGGACGCCAAGCGGGCGGGUGGAGCAGCGGCGGCAGCGCCCGCCCCAAUCGGGGGACGACGAGGAGGCGGCGGCGGUGCUGGUGGAGGAGGGCGAGGGUGGCCGCGGGCGCCCCGCUCUCUGUUGCUCCUGAGGCAGGCAGGCCUGGCCGGAGCGGGCCGGGACUGAGCGGCCCCGCCGGGUCCCCUUGGGCCGCUCCUUAGGCCCCGAAGCAGAUACCUAUCGGCGGCGCUGGCGGCGGAAGGCGCUCCUCGCUUGCUGCUGCCGCCGCCGCCGCCCUCUCUUCCCGCUGCCGGACAGCCGCCGCCGGGCUUCCCUAGGCGCCCGGGGAGGGAGAGGAGAAAGAAGGCGGCGGCAACGAGGGACCCUCGGGGAGCGGGAGAAUGAACCACCAGCAGCAAGCGGUGAAAAUGUCCGCUUCGCCGCCGCCGCCCGAAUCCGGAGGAGGGAUCUCGGGGCGCCAGAGGAAGCUGGAGUCCAUGAUCCGGGACCCCAGGUCUCCAGUCAAUGUGGAAAGUUUGUUGGAUAGUUUGAAUUCCUUAGUUCUUGAUUUGGAUUACCCAGCAUUGAGGAAAAACAAGAACAUAGACAACUUCUUAAACAGAUAUGAGAAAGUUGUGGAAAAUAUCCGUGGUCUUCAAAUGAAAGCAGAAGAUUACGAUGUUGUUAAAGUGAUUGGAAGAGGUGCAUUUGGUGAAGUACAGCUGGUUCGCCAUAAAGUAACUCAGAAGGCUUAUGCAAUGAAACUUCUUAGUAAAUUUGAAAUGCUCAAAAGAUCAGAUUCAGCCUUUUUCUGGGAGGAGAGAGAUAUAAUGGCCUUUGCCAACAGUCCAUGGGUAGUUCAGCUUUUUAGUGCCUUUCAAGAUGACCGAUACCUUUACAUGGUCAUGGAAUACAUGCCAGGUGGAGAUCUUGUCAACCUCAUGAGCAAUUACGAUGUGCCUGAGAAGUGGGCCAAAUUUUACACUGCUGAAGUCGUCCUUGCUCUUGAUGCAAUUCAUUCCAUGGGCUUGAUACAUAGAGACGUGAAACCUGACAACAUGCUUUUGGAUAAAUAUGGACACCUGAAGCUUGCAGAUUUUGGUACUUGUAUGAAAAUGGAUGAAACAGGGAUGGUGCGCUGUGAUACAGCUGUCGGAACGCCAGACUACAUAUCACCUGAAGUAUUAAAAUCACAAGGUGGUGAUGGUUAUUAUGGAAGAGAAUGCGACUGGUGGUCUGUAGGAGUUUUUCUCUAUGAAAUGCUAGUUGGAGAUACUCCAUUUUAUGCUGAUUCAUUGGUGGGAACAUAUAGUAAAAUAAUGGAUCACAAGAAUUCAUUACAUUUCCCAGAAGAUGUUGAAAUCUCAAAGCAAGCAAAGGACCUUAUUUGUGCCUUUUUAACAGACAGGGAGGUACGUCUUGGAAGGAGUGGAGUAGAGGAAAUUAAAUCUCAUCCGUUCUUUAAGCAUGACCAAUGGGAUUGGGAUAAUAUUCGAGACACUGCAGCACCAGUUGUACCUGAGCUGAGUAGUGACAUAGACAGCAGCAAUUUUGACGAUAUUGAAGACGACAAAGGGGAUGUUGAAACCUUUCCAGUCCCCAAAGCCUUUGUUGGAAACCAGUUGCCUUUCAUAGGAUUUACUUACUUUAGAGAGAACCUGUUGCUAAGUGACUUUUCUGAGCUCUGUAGGGAAGUUGAACCCUGCAAGAACAAUGGGGCAAGGAAAAAAGAGGCAAAGAAAAAUGAGGACAGUGAAGAGUUUGCACAAUUUCAGGAAAAAGUAAACAAAUUGGAAGAUCGAAUUCGUAAUGAAAUACAAGCCAAAGAUGAACUUGAGCAGAAAUACAGAGCUAUUACUAAUCGCGUAGAGAAGAUAAUGAAGGAAUUGGAUGAGGAGGUAACCUCAAGAAAAAACCUAGAAUCUGCCUUAAGACAGUUGGAAAGAGAGAGAGCUCUUCUCCAACACAAGAAUGCAGAAUAUCAGCGGAAAGCAGAACAUGAGGCAGAUAAAAAACGUAAUCUAGAAAAUGAUGUUAACAGUUUAAAGGAUCAACUUGAAGAUUUGAAAAAGAGGAAUCAGAACUCUCAAAUAUCCAAUGAAAAAAUCAUUCAACUACAAAGACAGCUGGAUGAAGCCAAUGCUUUGCUACGCACGGAGUCUGACACAGCAGCCAGGCUGAGAAAAAACCAGACCGAAAGUACAAAGCAGAUUCAGCAGCUGGAAGCUAAUAACAGAGAUUUGCAGGAUAAGAACUGUGUGCUGGAGAAUACUAAGCUGAGACUUGAGAAGGACUUCCUCAAUCUCCAGUCAGCUCUAGAAUCUGAAAGAAGAGACCGAACACAUGGCUCGGAGAUUAUCAGUGAUCUACAGGGCCGAGUAUCUAGUUUGGAGGAAGAAGUAAAAAAUGGAAAGACUAUAUUAACUAAAAUGGAGACAGAGAAAAGACAAUUACAAGACAGAUUCACAGAUCUGGAAAAGGAGAAGAGCAACAUGGAGAUAGAUAUGACGUACAAGCUUAAGGUCAUGCAGCAGAACUUGGAGCAGGAAGAAAAUGAACAUAAGGCAACUAAAGCCCGACUAGCAGACAAAAAUAAUAGCUAUAAGUCCAUUGAGGAAGCCAAAUCUGAAGCCAUGAAAGAAAUGGAAAAGAAGCUUUCGGAAGAAAGAGUUUUAAAAUUAAAAGUGGAAAACUGCUUAUUAGAAGUAGAGAAGCGGUGCUCCAUGUUGGAUUGUGACUUGAAGCAGUCGCAACAGAAAGUAAAUGAGUUGCUAAAGGAAAAGGAUAGAUUAAGUGAGAACGUUGAAAACCUGACCCUAAAAAUAGAACAGGAAACACAAAAGCGUUCUCUGACACAAAAUGACUUGAAGAUGCAAACACAGAAUGUCAAUGCACUGAAAAUGUCGGAAAAACAACUAAAGCAGGAAAACAAUCAUCUGUUGGAAAUCAAACUCAGCUUGGAGAAGCAAAAUAAUGAACUUAGAAAGGAACGUCAAGAUGCGGAUGCACAGAUGAAAGAGCUUCAGGAUCAACUUGAAGCAGAACAAUAUUUUUCGACUCUCUAUAAAACGCAAGUUCGGGAAUUAAAAGAAGAGUGCGAGGAGAAGGCCAAACUUGGUAAAGAUAUACAACAAAAAAUGCAAGAGUUGCAGGAUGAAAGAGACUCUUUGGCCGCACAACUGGAGAUCACGUUAACGAAAGCUGACUCAGAACAGUUGGCUCGCUCCAUCGCUGAAGAGCAAUACUCCGAUUUAGAGAAGGAAAAGAUCAUGAAAGAGUUAGAGAUUAAAGAGAUGAUGGCAAGGCACAAGCAAGAACUUGCUGAGAAAGAUGCCACAAUAGGAUCACUCGAAGAGGCAAAUAGGACGCUAACAAGUGAUGUCGCAAAUCUUGCUAAUGAAAAAGAAGAGAUGAAUAACAAGCUCAAAGAAGUCCUAGAACGAAUGUCCCAAAUGAACACAGAGGAAAAUGAUAUAGGGGUGCUUAAGAGUCAAUAUGAGAAACAGCUAGCUUAUGAACGAACAAUGAAAACACAGGCUGUAAAUAAGUUAGCUGAAGUGAUGAACCGUAAGAAUCCUAUCCAGCGAGGAGCAGACACUGAUGUUAGAAGAAAAGAAAAGGAGAACAGGAAACUGCACAUGGAGCUGAAGUCUGAACGUGAAAAUUUAUCCCAGAUGAUGAUCAAAUAUCAGAAAGAGAUCAAUGAGAUGCAAGCGCAAAUAGCGGAAGAGAGCCAGAUACGAAUAGAAUUGCAGAUGGCUCUGGACAGCAAAGAUAGUGACAUUGAACAGCUUCGCUCACAGCUGCAGUCAAUACGCAUUGACAGUACCAGUCUGCCAUGUGGCUCAGGGGAAGCAGAUGCUGAUGUUCAUAUUACUCAAUCCCACACUAUGGAGUCAAUGUCUUUUACCUACGAACGCUCUUCUACCUCUGUCAGUAUUGCCACUAAGCCUUCCAGUUCUCGUGUGUUUAUCAACUCUGAUUCUGACUCAGAGGAGGAAUCUGCGUCUUCUGUAGAAGUCCCUUCAGAACCUGACAGUCCAGAGUCACGGCUAGAGGGCUGGCUAUCACUGCCUGCCCGAAACAAUACAAAAAAAUAUGGAUGGGUUAGAAAGUAUAUAAUUGUGAGCAGCAAGAAAAUACUGUUCUAUCACAAUGAACAAGAGAAAGAACAAUCAAAUCCUUACAUGGUGUUGGACAUAGACAAAUUGUUCCAUGUUCGGCCUGUCACACAAACAGAUGUAUACAGAGCAGAUGCCAAAGAUAUCCCUAGGAUAUUCCAGAUCCUGUAUGAUAAUGAAGGGGAAAGCAAAAAGGAGCAAGAAUUUCCUGUGGAUUCUGCAGGGGAGAAGUCAAACUAUAUUUGCCACAAAGGCCAUGAAUUUAUACCAACACUCUAUCAUUUCCCAACAAAUUGUGAGGCAUGCAUGAAGCCAUUAUGGCACAUGUUCAAGCCUCCUGCUGCUUUGGAAUGCCGCCGCUGCCACAUUAAAUGUCAUAAGGAUCACAUGGAUAAAAAGGAAGAGAUUAUUGCACCUUGCAAAGUAAAUUAUGAUAUUUCAACUGCAAAGAAUCUACUACUGUUAGCCAGUUCCACAGUGGAACAGAAGAAAUGGGUGAGCCGCCUAGGGAAAAAGAUUCCCAAAAAGGCUCCAGCACCAGAUCCGUUUGCACGAUCAUCACCAAGAACUUCCAUGAAAAUACAGCCAAACCAAUCAUUAAGACGGCCAAUUAAACCAAUCCAGCUCUCCCCUCCGAGCGAAAAGAAAGAUUUUCCUACCAGAUUAAUUGAUGUGGCAUGUAGAGACUGGGAUUGGUCAUUUGAUGAUAUUGAUUUUGAUAUUGAUUUUAAUAUUGAUGAUGCUGGGAACGAUAACGAUCUUGAUGAUAGCGAUGAUGAUGAUAACGAUGUGUUUGUUCUGAAGAGCUAACUGCCUCCUAUGAAUACUAUCACUAUUGGAGUCGAUAAGACUGAACCAUCAUAUUCCUGGGGUUACGAAUAUAUAUAUAUAGGUGUUUCUGAAAGACAGUUCAAGUAUAAAUAGAUAAGAAGUUUACAGAGGUGUGUGUGUGUUUUGCUGCAAUACAACAUACUAAUAAUUCCUGUGUUGUUUUUUUAAUGUAAUCCCUCUGGAUGACUGAGCAAGUUAGGAAUGGUUGGUGAAUAGUACAAGGAUACUCUCAGAUUCUGUUCUACAAAUUAUUUCUGGGAAAGACUCGCACUACAUGUCACAAGAGGAAUAAAAGGAGUGGGGAAACGUGAUGAACCCAUCUCUUGGUCAGUUUUUUUUAUAGAGAAAUGCAACCAGCAAUUUUGCCAGAAAAAAGGGCGAUAAGGAGGGUCUGACACACUGAUGAAGACAGCAUCUUAAAGAAGUGACCAUUAUACUGUGUGUGUAUGUGUUUUGGUGUGUAAAUAUGUAUAUUGUACUGUAAUGCUGCAAGAGGGUUAAAAAAAAACUUUCCACUUUAUUUUUUAUACAUAUUAUUCAUAUACCAUUACCUGCAGUUGCAACUAUGCACAUGUAUAAAGCCAUACUGUUGAAUUUUGCCAUUCAUUAUCUGUAUAUCAAAGGCUGCAUGUCUGUGUUCAGCAGCGACAUAUAAUAAUAACUUCCAAGUAUAUAUCCAGUUACUACUUAAUGGGCAGUCCUCUUUUACCAGUCUUGAAUGCCUUAAAUUAAUGUCAUUUCCUUAAAGUCUGUGCCCAUUCUAGAUAUUUAAGAGAGAUAAAGGAUGCAGAGGUUUGCCAGCUCUUAGGAUGCAAUUUUGCUUUGUGGCAGAACAAUAUAGUGCACUAUGUUUACAAUAUAAUAGUUUAUAUCAAUGUCAGUCUAUUCUGAAUGUAUAUCUAAAUAGGGAGGGGAGGGGAGGGAGGGGUCAGUUGAGUAAUGGUUUCAAAAACAAUGAUCUGGUAGUAUUAGAACUAAUAUAUAGGUUUCAUGCUUAGGCAUAACUUCCCAUCCACCCUUUGUACAAACCUCAGUAUUAGUCAUUGGUUUUAUAUUACCCUUACUAAGUGCUGCAAAACAUCGUUCUGCCUUUGUUUGUUUUUUGCAUACUAUCUAUUUUUACAUUUUCACCACACAAUAUCUAAGGACUGUCACCAAUCCUUAACGAUUGAAACAUACUGUAGAUGUAUUUUAAACUUCUUGAAUCCUGUUCUCUUAGCACAUAGCAUUUGGAAUAGGAAAAUAAUUUCAGUUGUGUGUUUUUGAGAACAUAUGUGAGGAAAGGGCCUUAGAGGCACUUAAUCAGAUUUUUUUUAAUAAAAAAAUUUGAUUUUGUACAAAAUAUAAUUUAUGUGAGAUUUUUAAUGCCGUGUCCAUAAUUUAUCCAGAAAAAUGCAUGUUUUAUACAACUACAGUAUGCUAUAAUGUUAAAACAUGAUGGCAGUAAAAAAAAAAGGAAAAGAAAAAAGAACUAUUGUAGCCUCCUCCUUGGUCUCUCUCUCUUUUUUUCAUAUGUUUACAUAUAUUUGCAUAUAUAUGUUGUGUGCUAGUGCUAAUGAAAUACAGAAUUAACAUUUGAAUGAAGGAAAUGAGACAUUUCACUAGGUUGUUUUCCUUAGUAGAUAUUUGAAAGGAGAGAACCAAGAUUUAUUUAACAUCUCAACCAAAAAAAUUGGAUUUCCACCCAAUAGACACCCAUAAGGUACAAUUCACCAAACAGGACCCCACUCCCCUUUAGUUUUCAGUUGCUUCAGGAGGGCUUGUGCAGUAGAAUGCAGCAAGUUUGAGCUCACUACAAACUGGGAUCUUCUCUCAUUCAAACCCCCUUGAAAUAAGUAAGAAUUUGUUUUACUGAGUCACGCAUGGAAAGAAGAUCCACUGGCAUGGGCCUAUAAGUACAUCUUUCCACUAAACCACUGUGACUCACCAACCAUAUAUUCAGUUAUACUGUUUAUACACACACUAGGUAUGAGAAGCUGUGCAUCCCAUAAUUUAAAAUAUACCUUUAUCAUUUCAGUUAUCUUUAAGCCCCAGUGGCACAGCAGGAGUUUAUCAUUUUACCUGCUUGUUUUGAAUAGUGAGAGUAUAGCAUAUUUUUAAAAAUGCAUAUUUUGCAUACAAAACUUAUUUUUAAAACAUGUAUACAAUAAAAAUUGUUUCCAUUCA